GAGAGAUUAACACCGUCGUCAUCCGCCCCGGCCCGAGCCUCAACUGCUCCAGGCAGCCAACCCGCCGGUCCUCCCUCCUCCCUCUCUCGCCUCGCGACGUGACAACGCGCGCGCGCAUACGUCCAAGACGCGCACGCCGCAGGGCCACCACACAACCAAUCGCAUCGACCGACCGUCUGGUCUGGUGCGGGCAGGGAAGAAUGGGCCUCCUCGACCAGCUCUGGGACGAGACGGUGGCCGGCCCGCGGCCGGACUCCGGCCUCGGCAGGCUCCGCAAGUACUCCUCCUUCUCCCCCUCCUCCUCCUCCUCCUCCUCGUCGUCCUUCCCGCCGGCCCCCGCUCCCGCCGCGGCCACGUCCGACGCGCCGGCGCCGGCGGUGACGCGCAGCAUCACCAUCGCCCGCCCGCCGUCGCUCUCCGUCGACGCCUCGCCGCGCGCCGAGUCCUACAGCUCCUCCGUCCCGUCCUCCCCGGCCACCACGCCCGACUCGCCGUUCGCCACAGCUACCACGCCCAAGACGGACGGCUGGAGGAGGUUCCGCCGGAAAACCAAGGUCUCCGAUGGGCCGGAGCCCGCCGUCGGACCUAGGAGCCCCACCGUGUACGACUGGGUGGUGAUCAGUUCGUUGGACCGCUGAGCUAGAACAAAUCCAAUCCAAUCCAGCGCCAAUAAGCAACCGAUAGCAGAGGGCAUGCGGUGCAGAGGAAUCUAGAUAGCGGUUUCUUUCUCGGGUCUAUGAGGCAGCGUCGUGUGUUCUGUAUACAGUAUGUUUGUGUUCUUCUGUAUUAGGAUGGUGAUGAUGAUGAUCAGUUCGUGGGGGGUUAGAAGUGGGCGCCGAUGUAUCCUAGUUUGGCCUAGCCGACAGGCGUGUUCUUCAUUAGUUCUUGGAUCUGGGGAAGAACUCUCGACAUGGCAUGCUCGCACGGCUGCCUGCUUUGUUUUCUACGUACCCUCCUCUUCAGUGUAAUUACCCCAAGUAGUACUAUUUUUACUGUAGACUACUCCUACUACUAGUGUUUGUGUGUGUGUGCCAUGCAAAGCAUGUGGCUCUGCUUUCUUCUGCUUGCCUGAAAAUCUUGCGUUCCAACUGCAACAAUAACGGAUUACAAAGAGUGAUGGUCCA